AUGGCCUCUCUUCCCACGGAAAUCAUCCAUCCCAUCGUCUCCUUUCUCUACAUCACACCGGAUUCAGGUUCAUUCACAUACCGAACCAGGAUAAAAAUCGCCGACUACGCGACCAUCUCCCGCCAAUGGCAAGCAGCCGUAGAGGCGAUUCUGUGGAAUCGCAUCAAGCUGCUGUACGGGAAUCACGGGGAUGCACUUGAAAAAUUGCACCAGUUCACGUCAGGAACAGCAGACCGACGAGCAAGAGCUGGCUAUAUCCGGACCCUUGUGUGGUCGCCGGAGAUCAACUGGGGUGAUCUGCUGGACGAGACAGGAAGUGACCAUGCCGCGUACGCGAAUCGUGUCCAUGGUUUCUAUCAUGAUCAGUUCUGCGCAUCACUAAAGGAUGUAUUCAACAUGUUGGACUCGUGGAAGGAUCGACAGUCGAAUCUAGAAUUGUCGCUUUGGGUGUCUGAUAAUGAUCUUCUAGAUCCUGGCAAUGAGGCAAUCGAGGAUGAAGAGAUGGCAUCAUUGACGACGACUGAUCUGUGGACGAGAGGGCAGAUCCCCCAUUCCCUGCACUUGACAGAAGACGAUAUCCAGGAUCUGCCGACUCUCCCGUUUGUUCGAUCUUUCACCGUCCAUGACUCCGGCAUGACCACCGUUUCUCCAUCAGCGUUUUUCGGUAUCCUCUCGCGCUGUCCACACGUCAAGCAUGUUGCAGCCGGAGAGGGCGAUUUCAUCCCCAAAAGUGCUCUACUUGGUCUCCGCGAGCAGAGGCAAGAUGUCGUCAAAUAUCUUCCUCUGAUUCCCGAAUCAGUCGAUACAUUGACAUAUGAGCUUUCCUCGCAGCGAGAAUUAGCGCCAAAUCCAAUGUCCAAUGCAGGAAACUAUCUAUCGAAUAAUCUCGACAACUUCUCCAUCGCGUUCAGAAUGCUGAGCAUGCGCCUCCGCGAACUCCGUCUCCACGACGUCCGAAUCAGCAGUUCUUUCUUCUGGCCUUGUGAAUAUGAAAAUGCCAGUCCAGCGGAUCAGUACUGGCCAAAUCUUGAGGUUCUCGAAGUCAUCGACGUACCCCCAUUCACAGCAGAUGGGAAAUGGAUAAUCGACGACGACCCCAACAAAGACUGGGAAGGCGAUCUCGACACGUACGGCUGGGAAUACGACAGCGAUUACUACGCGAUGCGCGGGAUCAUUAAAAGCCACGAAGUCGACCAUUUGUAUAUUGCCAUGGCAAAAGCAGCGCGCCAAAUGCCGCGACUUCGCCGGCUGAAAUUCUGCUUCCGGGGCGAGGUUGGUGAACGGGGGAGUAUGGAGUAUCUGAAGUUUGACCGGGAUGAAACGGGGAAGGCGAGGCUGAGUAUAAGUACGGAGUGGGAGUAUAGCCUUGGGGAGGGAGUUAUUAAGGCAUGGGAAUUGAAGGGGAACAAAGCGGACGGGUUUAGGAAUAAGUGGAGUGUGUCUUUGGAUAGAUGGCCAGCAUAG